UCGUGUAUUCCAAAGUUGACUUAACAACUUCAACAUAUAUACUAAUCUUUUGUUUUAAGUUCGAAACUUCAACAAUGGAGGAUAUGAAUAUCUCAGAUCUCUCUCUUCGACCUUUGGAGCUCUCUGACAUCGAUGACUUCAUGGUCUGGGCUACUGAUGACAAGGUGGCUCAUUUCUGUACUUGGGAACCAUUCACAAGCAAAGAAGAUGCCAUAAAAUACAUCACAAAAUCAAUUCUACCACAUCCAUGGUUCAGGGCAAUCUGUCUUGGCACACGACCAAUUGGGUAUGUUUUCGUGACACCGAAUUCGGGUUCUGAUGAAUGCAGAGCUGAAAUUGGGUAUGGUUUGGCAUCCAAGUAUUGGGGCAAAGGGAUUGCAACAAAAGCAGUGAAAAUGGUGGCCAAGACUAUAUUCAGUGAGUGGCCACAUUUGGAAAGAGUUGAAGCUCUGGUUGAUGUACAAAACGUUGGAUCGCAAAAGGUGCUGGAGAAGGCUGGAUUCACAAGGGAAGGUGUCUUGAGGAAGUAUUUUGUAAUGAAAGGAAGAGCUUGGGAUAUGGUCAUGUUUAGUCUUCUCUCCACAGAUCCUCAAAUGUAGGAUUCAAGAUCAUGAUUGUUGUAUUUGUUCUGUCAAUUAUGUCCACAACUUUGUAAUUUUUCUUUAAUAAAAAAGUUGGACUAAUUCCAGAUUCAUGAA